ACAGUUUGGCCCAACUCGUAUCCCUCGCUGGUGUUUUUGUUCUGGAGGAGAAAGGCCGCAGGAUGUAGCUGCUCAAAGGCAGUAGAAGUGGCUUCCUGCUGGGGGAAAUGAUCAAAAAAAAUCAGACAAGCCCCUCAUGGAGGGAUGAAGUAUGCAUGCUGACUCUCACGGGUGCUUGCACACUGAGCUCAGUCUCCAUCACAGGCAGAGGUAAGUUUCUGACAUUGUUUUCCAAGAGUCAACACAAGCACUGCAACAACAGCUGGAGUGGUUUGGGCUCAGCAGUGAGAACAGCUAAAUGUUCAACUCUUCAAAUGUCUUUCACAUGGGAACCUCAUAGAAAUCAUGUUUAUGAACCUGACAAAUGGAAGCUGCCACAUUCCUCUGGAGACAGAUCGGGUUGGACUAACCUACAUUUACAGCCUGGCCUUCUCUCUGGGACUGCCAGCAAACCUGCUUUCUCUGUGGGGACUUUACCAGCUGGGCCGCUCAAGCGGAGUUGGAACUCAGCUGGUUUAUAUCCUCAACCUCCUGCUGUCAGAUCUCCUUCAGUUGCUCACCUUGCCUCUGUGGAUCCUCUAUCUACAGAGAGCACAUCGCUGGCCCUAUGGUCCCAUCGCCUGUCAGCUGGUGGGCUAUGUCUUCUACGUGAACGUCUAUGCAAGCAUCGCCUUUCUGUGUCUCAUAGCACUGGACCGUUGUCUGGCCAUUGUGUACCCACUGAGCAGCCGCAGUGUGAGGAAGGUACGGCUGUCUGCGUUCUCUGGAGUGGUUGUCUGGACUCUUGUAUUCCUGUUCUGCUUAAUUGGUCUCUACCCAUCUGUAUUUGAGCCUCAGAAGGGCUUGUGUCUGGAGCAGUAUCCUGUCACCCCAAGAUACGCUUACUUUAAAAUAGCCACGGUGGUACUGGGUUUUCUGAUGCCAUGCUCUAUACUUGGCUACACUUCUGCCAGAAUCGGGGUCACACUCCACAACUCCCCCUCCAUCUCUGAUCACGAGCGCAACAAAAUUGUGGGCACUCUAACGGUCAUCACCAUCAUCUUCAUCGUGGUCUUCGGCCCCUAUCACAUGGUGGAAGGUUAUAGAUUUGUAGCGCUGCUUCUAACUGAAGACCAGUGUAUGUUAGAGCGCUCCAUCUACCUGUACUACAGGAUCUGCUACGGAUUAACCAGCCUUAACACGCUGUUAGAUCCCCUCUUCUAUAUAUUCCUUUGUCAGAAUGCUCGUCUUGAGCUCCAGAGAUCUCUCCCCUGCCUCCCAUUACCGCGCAGGUCUGAGGGUCCAUGACUUUUGACCCAGAAGAUGUGUAGACUGGUUCCUUUGUGAAAAGAAAAGCCUGCAGGUCCUUUAAAAGGCUUAUCAGGUGUUUUUGAUUGAUGACCUGUCAGAGCUCUGAUUGCAUCUGUUGUGUCACUGGGUCCACUGGUAUGAGAGGCGUACGACUGCUACGUGUCGUACAGUGAUACACAUUUCUGUGAUGACAACACCUUCAGCCAAGCAUGCAGGCUCUGAAACCAAACAAAAAGCCUCACGCUAGCAUGUUUGAAUUGUUCGAAUGUCUUAUUCAGUAAGAUUUAUGCUCUUAAUCAGGCAGCAUUCUACAAAUAUUAUUCAUUUUUUCUGAGAUCUUUAAGAGUUCACAAACAGUACAGUUCAUAUGAGGGAUAAAUGGGAAAAGUGCAUAUUCUUUACUUAUCAUGGUGAUGAGUUUUUUUUUAGGAUUUCUAUACAUUUCUAUACAUUUAAUCUGAACUAUCUUUACUAAAGUGAAAUAAAAUGAAAGUCUUUUUUUUUUUUUUUUAAUUUUAUUAAGCUUCUUCAAAUCUGGUUACACUCGUGUUGGAUUUGUGAUGUAUUUAACACGUUAGCAGUUAUCAAGUUAUUCAUCAUCUGGUUUGAGGUCAUCAUCAGGUUACCAGUACGCUCUCUUCCGCUGACACAGUCACAGCAUGUGUGUUACAAGACCGAUUCCGAUUUCUCAUACUCUUACUCAAGGUCAGAUCUCUUGAGCUGACUCUCUACAGCGCUAUUAGUAUUACAAUCUACUUCAAAAUAAAAACACAUGUAGUUAUUCUUUUUAUCAUUGCCAACUGUCUGGUAAUGGUCUGUACUUAGAAUGAUGUUUAUUGCAUGUUAAGGAGAAUUGACAAAUACAAGCUGUCCUUAUGCCUGGGCUUUCAACCUUUUUCAUGAUUAGUUUUCCAGAUAGUACAUUUCCACACAGCAAACCUUUUAUAGAGUUUGCUCCCCUUUUUUUCAAGAGAGUCUCCAGUCACUGGGUCCACUAACAAAACCUUCAGUGCUCUGCACAGUCAUAUUCUCCCUCUGCUAAUAUGCUUGAUUAAAACCAUAGAGGGGCUUAAAACAGUUUAUGAGUUUUCCGAGAAAAAAAAAAUCUAAACCUGUCAGAUAUGUGUUGUCUCCAAGGCUGGAAACAAACCUUCCGUAUAUAUCCAAGCGUAAGAUCAGUGUCGAAGACAAGUUGUGCUUUUUCUGUAUCCAGAGGCUGUUCAUUUUAAGAAAUGAAAAAUUACAAAUCGUUCCACUGUUCUCUGUUGCAUCAUAAAGAUGAUUCGGGCAGGGGAAUGGAUUAAGGAGUAAUGGAUUACAUGUUUGCAGAAAAAUGACAGCAAAAGGCAUAUUUUAAAUCUGGUUGUCUUAAGGAGUAGACAUGAUAGCAUAUUGCAUAGUUUUGUUACCUUGUGUUACUUUUUGGAACUGUUUUUUUGGACUAGAAUAUCAGUAGGCUACAGUACAUCAAACAAAGACUGAAAGAACUCAAGUUUAUCAAUGGAUUAACAAGAUUGGGUUUGUUUUGUGUAAAUUAUGUUCGGUUUUGAUUCACAUAAAACAUAAUUCUGUCCUUUUAUUUAUUUAUUUUUUUUUGAAGCCUACAUGGCAAAGUAGUUUAUUUCUAGUAGUAGUACUUUUAAGAGUUAAAGGUCACCUUCAAGAAAGUUCUUUGCAUCUUCACCUGUUUAUUAUGUCACUUUAUGAAACACCCCUUCAUUUCACAAAGACUGGGCCAGCACGCCACAUGCAGGCCAUAAAUUAGCCCAGAUCUGUGAUAGAUGAGGCUCUGUUGCCCUCUGCUGGUUUUAACCAAAGAAUAGCACAAUUAUCAGCACUGGCAAUAAAGACAACCCUGAAUAAACACCUUGUAUGCUUUGUUUUCCUGUUUUUCUUUUUCCAGUUGGCCUGUGAUCACAGCUGACAUUUGUC